CUUCAUUUCCGGUCGUUUCUUGCACGGUGAAAAUACAUUUACAAAACGAUUGAUUACCUUUCAAUUACACGUUACUAAGCUGCCAAAGUAGUGUAAGAAUUCUACACCAACAUGUAUAGAAGGUCCCCUGAUAGGGGGCGGGAUCAAGUAAGGGAAAGAGACAGGGAUCGAGACAGGAGGCCUCGAUCAAGAAGUCGGGAUAGGGAUCGAACCAGAGAUCGUGACCGUGAUAGAGACAGAGAUCGAGACAGAGGAGACCGAAAAAGAAGUCGCAGUAGAGAUCGAGAUCGUCAGAAGCACAAGAAGAGAGAUAGGGACAGAUCUCCUCGUAGAGACAAAGACAAGAGGGAUCAUGACAAAGAUAAGAAAGGCAAGAAAGAAAAGGAGGAGAAGGAAGAGAAGAGAGUUCCACUCUCCUUGGAAGAGAUGCUAGCAAAGAAAAAAGCAGAACAGGAAGCUCUCAGCAAGCCUAAAUUCCUAACAAAAGAGGAGCGUGCAGCCGAGGCACUAAAGAGACGUCAGGAGGAAGUAGAUGAACAGCGAAAGAAGAUGGAUGAAGAGAGGCAAAAACAAAGGGAAUUUCUGAAUGCAGGAAGGGAAAACUAUGGCAUGGAUGACAGGGAGCAUCGUGAGAGAGAACGCCGCGAACGAGCAAGAGAAAGACUAAUGGCUGCAGAGCAAGGAAAACCUGAUAUAUUAGAUAUAAAAGAUAAAGAAAAGGAAGUGGAAGCUAUUAAAGAACGAUACUUAGGGAAUGUUAAAAAGAAAAAACGUAUUCGACGUUUGAAUGAUCGUAAAUUUGUGUUCGACUGGGAAGCUGGUGAUGACACAUCUACAGAUUAUAACCCCAUCUAUAAAGAGCGUCAUAGUGUUCAGUUUUUUGGCAGGGGACAUAUAGCUGGUAUUGAUAUCAAGUCUCAGAAAAAAGAUCAAAGCAAAUUUUAUGGAGAUCUUCUGGAUAAAAGGAGAACUGAAGGGGAGAAAGAACAAGAAGAAAAGCGAUUGAAAUCUGCCGCCAGAAAGACUGCUAAGCAGGCAUUUGAUGAUCGGCAUUGGACUGAGAAAACCCUAGAGGAAAUGCAGAGCAGAGAUUGGCGUAUCCUCAAUGAAGACUAUACCAUAUCAUGUAAAGGAGGCAAGAUUCCACAUCCCUUGAGGUCAUGGAAAGAAGCUAAUCUCCCAGAGGAUGUGUUUAAAGUGGUUGAUGAUAUUGGAUACAAGCAACCAACACCUAUUCAGAGACAAGCUAUUCCUAUUGGUCUACAGAACCGUGACAUCAUAGGAGUUGCGGAAACAGGAAGUGGAAAAACAGCUGCUUUCUUGAUACCUCUUCUAGUGUGGAUACAAACAUUGCCAAAAAUGAAAAGAAUAGAAGAUGCAGACCAAGGUCCAUAUGCAUUGAUCCUGGCCCCCACCAGGGAGUUGGCCCAACAAAUAGAGGAAGAAACACUGAAGUUUGGCAAGCCACUUGGGAUCAGAUCAGUUGCAGUAAUUGGUGGUAUAUCUAGAGAGGAACAAGGCUUCAAACUGAGACAAGGUUGCGAGAUUGUCAUAGCAACACCUGGUAGAUUAAUAGAUGUGUUGGAGAACAGAUACCUUGUGCUGGGUCAGUGUACAUAUGUUGUCAUGGAUGAGGCUGACAGGAUGAUAGAUAUGGGUUUUGAGCCUGAUGUAAAGACUAUCUUGGAGUAUAUGCCUCUCACCAACCUGAAGCCGGACUCUGAACAAGCUGAAGAUGAAAAUUUCUUAAAAGCAAAUUUCUUGUCAAAUAAAAAAUAUAGACAGACUGUCAUGUUCACAGCUACGAUGCCCCCUGCUGUAGAGCGACUUGCAAAGACAUAUUUGCGUAGACCUGCUAUUGUAUACAUAGGAUCAGCUGGUAAACCAAUUGAUAGAGUUAAACAGGAGGUCUACAUUGUAUCUGAACAAGAGAAAAGGAAGAAAUUGGUGUCUAUACUUCAAGCAGGAAUUGAUCCUCCUAUUAUCAUAUUUGUCAAUCAGAAGAAAGGAGCUGAUGUGUUGGCCAGAUCUCUGGAGAAAAUGGGGUACAAUGCAGCAACCCUCCAUGGUGGUAAAGGACAGGAACAGAGAGAGUUUGCCCUGGCCAGCUUGAAGGAGGGAAACAAAGAUAUUCUCGUGGCAACAGAUGUGGCUGGACGUGGUAUUGACAUCAAAGAUGUUACUCUAGUUAUCAAUUAUGACAUGGCCAAGAGUAUUGAAGAUUACACUCACAGGAUUGGUCGAACUGGGCGUGCUGGUAAGACUGGAACUGCAAUAAGUUUCUGUACUCAAGAUGACAGUCAUCUCUUCUAUGAUCUGAAACAUGCCCUCAUGGAAAGCCCUGUCUCCCAGUGCCCUCCAACACUCUCCAAUCACCCGGAGGCACAGCACAAACAGGGGGCACCUGCAUUUAAGAAGAAGAAGGAUGAAUCUAUUUUUAUAGCAUAAAUUUUUUUUGAGGACUAGGUAGAACAUUUAGAUACUUUUCAUCCAAUUUGUUGGACGAGGGACCAAAGUAAAGAAAAAACGUUGUAUGAAAUGAGUCUAUGCUAGAAAUGAUCAAUUUCUGUCCAUGGCAUAUACCAUAUGUUACAAUAUGGUAUAUGCAAUAGCAUAUGUACAAUAAUAUACACAAUAUAGUAUGUUCAAAAUCAAAUCAUGUCAGCUAAAUCAAUAAAAAUGAAAAUACUGUAUAUUAUAUUACAUGUAUGGUUCCUGUUAAAUAGAGCAAUAUA